AUGGCAGACGGUGGGGCCCCGGCGCUGGAGAUCGGGGAAGCCGAUAGCAACUGGGCACUGAUCAGAGACAAGGUGAUCGAGGAGCGCUUUGGCCCCGCCGUGGUGCCCGUGCCCUUCCUGGAGGACGCCGCGGCCUACAACCUGCUGAGCGUGCUGGUGAGGAGGCCGGGCCGGGCGCCGCGCCUGCUGGGGCGGGCCCGGCCCCUGGUGCCAGUGGGGGGGCUGGCCCAGCUGGCGCAGCAUGGGGUGGAGCCGGCGGAGCUGGCGCGUGGCACACGGGAAUACCGCGCCCGAGCGCGGGGCGAGGCGCGCUAUGAGGAGACGCGGCUGGUGGAGGGCGCCCCGUGCCACAUCCGGCUGCAGCUGGCCAACGUGCACAAGAAGGUAGCCUUCCUGGCCCUGCGCCCCGGCCAGGUGGCCCUGCGCCCCGACCUGCCCUGGCUCCGGGGCCUGCGCAGCCUCUACCUCCUGCACGAGGUCUUCUACUGCUCCGGCCUGGUGCUGGCCGUCACCCGGGGGCAGUCCCAGCGCACCCUGCACCUGCCGGGGCCCUGCCCCGUCGCCUUCUGCUGCCUCAAGUUCGCCCUCGGCCCCAGCGGCCUCCUCGGGCCCCAGAAGCCCAUAGGCCCCGCGCUGCCCACGCGGGUGGUCUGGCUCAAGCUGGGGUCGCUGGAGCCCCCGGCGCCUCCUGCCAAGAGCAGCCCCAAGGGCCAGAGCCCCUUCCGCCGCGCCUCCAGGAGAGGGAAGUGGCCGUUCACCAGGAGCCGCACCCAGCCAGCCACCCCCAGCCGCGGAGACCCCGACCGGCACGCCAUGUCCCUGCCACUGCUGCAGAGCCUGAGCACCGAGUCCGAGAGCGACGGCUGA